AUGUUCAACCUCGCAGAAAUCAAAGAUACUAUCAAGAUUGAGCCUUCAGGAUUCAGGAAAAAGAAACCCCAGGCGAUUACAGAUGAGAUCAAUCGCAAAUAUGCCAACAAGGUAUUGCAGAAUGUAGGAUUAUGUAUUGCAAUGCAUGAUAUUCUCUCUGCAAGCGAAGGUUUUAUUCAUCAUGGCGACGGCUGCAGUUAUGUCACUGUUCAUUUCCGUAUGGUGAUCUUCCGUCCAUUUAUCGGAGAGAUCAUCAUAGGCAAGAUUCGGUCUUGUAGCAGAGAAGGCAUUCGUGUUUCACUUGGCUUUUUUGACGACAUUUUCAUUCCAGCUGGCUAUUUACAGCAAGGAACCGAAUUUAAUUCUGAAGAACAAGUCUGGGUAUGGAUGUAUGAUGAGAACGAAAUGUUUAUGGAUAUAGACGAGAGCAUUCGGUUCAGAGUCGAGUCAGAACAGUUCUUUGACACUUCACCUUCAGUCCGCCCUAAAAAGGAAGGUGUUGACACUCCAGACUUGAGCGCAAAUUCUACAAAACAGGCUCCUUAUUCUCUUGUUUGCUCAAUCAAUGGUGAUGGCUUGGGUUUACUCUCAUGGUGGGGAGUAUAG